GGUUGCGCACGCAUACCCUCCACGCAGCCCAUCUCGCAAGCCUCUCUCCGAGCCAUGCGAGCACCGCGUGAGCAGUUUCGCGCAGGUGCCAGCUCGGUGCAAGGACUUUGGGCGGAGCUCAAGGCCACCAAGAAAGCCUUGGGCGAAGUCUUUGAGGCGCCAUGCCCGCCUCCCUUGGACAUGGAAAAGCCGGAAGGUCUGCUUUGGCAGCCGCCAUCGCUCUUGGGCCGGACGCGGUUUGCGCGUGGCGCAGCCUCGGAUAGUGAAAGCUCAGAGGAAACUGUGGACUUGCGGCGGAAGCAUCGAGAGAUAUGUCCGGUGAGCCCAGAGCCUGCCACAACCAGAGCGUCUGACCAGGAGUUCAGCAUUUCGAAAGACUUGUCCCCUCUGAGCAGCAUCCCUCAGGAUUGCACAGACCUGGACAGUAAUCAAGACUCAGUCGAGGAGUUUGAAUCCGGCGAGCGGGUCAGACACGAUGACUGGAGCGAUCCGGGCAGCUGGCCUGAGCAUUUGAAGCCAUAUCCAGCCGAGCCAAUGACUUUCCAGGCGCAUACCCUGUUCCAGCCGCCCAGGCGCACGACUGACCGGGUGAGGCCCGGCCGGAGCCGACGCUCUGGCCGGGAAUCCAGACCCACGCAGCCCGACCUCAGCGAUGUUGUGGAAUGUCUGAUAUCGGGGGUGCACAGGAAAAGUUUGAAUGGCUUGACGAGCUCGGUGAGCCCGACAAAACGGAGACCUGCACGCACACUGGUUCAGUCGGACUCCGAGUCUGAAGAGCUCCCGACGGCGCGUGGAAUCGAGCAGCCACUGAGCUCUUCGCCGAGACCGCAGAGCCCGCAGAGCCCUCAGAGCCCGAGCCCCAGUCCAAAACGUGCGGGGCUCGCAGAUGCUGUGGAGGUAUUGAUGUCCGGCAGCAGACCGACUUCGCCGCUCCAGGUGAGCCAUGCACCAUUUCAGCAUGAGCUGGCCGAUGUGGUUGAAGCACUGGUUUUGGGCCAUGCAGGCCAGGCAGCUUUGACGAUGCAGCCAGAGAGCGUCAGUGACUCUGAGAGCGAGGUUUCUUUUGAAACUGCAGGUCCAUCAGGUGUGUUCGUCCUGGAGACUCCCAGGAAGUACCAAAUUGGAAAGCCGCCAUGUAUGUUUGGCAGAUCGCACGUCAACAUUCUGGCCCACCCAGAUAUCGCACGCUCCUGGUUUGAUCGUCGGUUCCCUCUACCUCCACUGGCUCUAGCGGCGGCAGCUCGUGCUGCCGCCAGCUACCAAUCCGUGCACUUCAACCAGAAAUUUCAGAACGAUCCGGCUACCACUCAGCCCACACAGAUCCCGGGCUUCAUGGUGCUCACCGGCCGCUGGAACAAGGCCAGCUGCUUGGAAGAUUGGCGAGACUCUCCGCGGGAGAGCCCCAGAGCUGCACCUUCUCGUCAUGUGGAGGUGGAUCUGGAGAGCGACGUGUCGGUGGACCCCCGGCGUAGCCUGCGCAGCGACCCCUCCUUUCAGCGGCACGAGGCGCCUGCAGCCUUCUUCUUCGAUCAGGCGAAGGCAGAGAGUCAGGCAGCGCCGGUACGCUUUGAGGAGGACCAGAUCUGCUUGGCGGGCUGCCAGAGGCCGGAGCCGGAGCCGAAAGGCUGCCAAUGCCUCAGGAGAUGCAGCCGCAGACAGAUCAUAAUCGUUCUGGCAGUGGCAGUCUUGAUUCUAUCAUUGGCUGUGCUGGGCUACCUUACGGCUGCGCUGCUGCGGCUUGGAGCCUUCAGGUGCAGCCGUGAGGAGACGCCUUUCCUGCCGGGCGAUUGUGGCCGACGACUGAGAGGCCAAAGUCUCAUCUAAGAUGAGGCUUGUAAUGUUGACCCCGUAUUAGUCUGUACCCCCCCC